AUGGUAUCGUCGUUUUCUGACAGAGAGGAAGAAGAAGCUGUGUUUCACCAGAAGUUUGUAACUGGCCUUCAAACUUUACAGGCUUCGGGUUUUCAGUACUUUCUCUAUGGUACAAUCUUUUGGGAGAGAGACAGAAAGCAAAACCUGGGAAAGUCAAUUCUAAGUCAUCUCACCAGUUACGAGGAACACUCUGACUGCUUGUCAUGCGUUGGAGAGCAAAAAGAAACUCCAUGCUUUCAUCCCUGCUGCCAGAAUCUUGUGCUUCAGAUGGCUGUUAACUGUGGGCUCUUCUGUGUAACAAUAGAUGGUUGCAUUGUACCAUCUGAUGAUAGUAUAAUGAAAACAUCUCAGACAGCUCCAAAGGAAACCCCUCUGUUAAGUAGCCAUACAACUGAGGCUAGUACUUCAUGCCAUGAUAAAGACAGUAUCAAAAGACCUAGCACCCAAGUCGGUGUUGAUGAGCCAGUGUUCAAUAAGGAUGAUCUGCUUGACCAUACAAAUGAUGUAAAUGUUGAUGUUGGAUCCAACAGAUGCAGUACACCCCAAGGAAGUCUGAAAACCCAUGAAGUCACCCUUGGUGAGCCAUCCACAUCAUUGCUGUUCAUGCCAGGAAGCAAUCAAGGAAUGCUAUGGAAGCCAGCUGAGUUGAAGGACAAGUGUCAGCAACAUCUAGAGAACAUUGAUCCUUACUGCAGUGAACUGGCCAAGUUUGUAAUGCCCUUGAAGGGCUUUCUUGCAGCCAUAAAUCCUUCUCAAGAUAAUGCCACAGAAAGAAGUAACUUGAGGUACUUUUUAAAGAUUAUUGACAAGCAUGCAAAUAAAGAUGUACAGAGCCAAGUGCGCCUAAGUAGCAACAAUGGCAGUCAGGAGUGUAUGCAAGUUCAAGGGUACAGCUCAUUCUGUGGACUUUGUGCAAUGAACAAUGCAAUAGGUUGUUCCAGGAAAGGACCUACUUUGUUCAAUUUGUUUGACCUAGAUUUGGCAGCAGACAUCAUUUGGUUAAAACAGGUUUGUGAAGUUGGCUGUGGAUUUUCUGUACCUUUAGAGCCUAUGCGGGGUCUUGAUGGUGACUACAGUAUUUUAGCAAUGGAGGAGGCAGCAAUUAGGAAGAACUGUACAUUUCAAAGACUAGAUUUACCCUUGAGGGCACUUGUGGAUGGUGCUGCAAUUAAUUCCCUUGACCCCAGCAGUCUCCAGGAAUUUUAUUCCCUUCUUCUGGGAUUGUUCCAGGCAGAUGAGAGACCAUCACUCAUUGUGAGGACAAAGGAAUAUCACUUUGUUACUCUGCUCUUUAAAGCAGAUGCAAUUGUACUUCUUGAUAGUCGCAGGACAUCUGCUCUUCCACUGUCCCUUAAAGAUGGCCUAGGUUACAUUCAGAGAGAAGCAUAUCAGAACCCAGAUUUUGCUGCUGUAAACCUUCAAGGGCCUGGAACUUAUGGCAAUCCUGUGAGAGUGAAUGACUUGCCAGAAGUUAAGCUGCACACAAAUUUUCAUUGCACACUGGAUGAGGUGUGGGAUUUAAGCAGUACUAUAAGUGAUGAUACCAUCAUUGCCACACUCCAUGGACAAGUCAAAGCAAAAGAUGUUCGUACCCUCAAGCCAGGUAACCAAAUAAAUGAUGUCGUGAUCAACUACAUUGGUCCAUUCUUAAUGAGUCAGAAAAAGGAUGUGUAUGUGGCAAGCACCUUUUGGCUAAAUCACUGCAGCCAAGAGCUGGGUCUUAAGGAAAUGCUUAGGUGUGAUUUUCACAAGUAUGAAAAGUUUGUAUUUCCUGUUCAUUGCCCUGGUCACUGGUGGUGUGUCUUAAUAGACAGGCCAAUGAAAUUGUAUGGGGAAUUUGACUCCCUUUGUAAAGAUCGAAGGAGUGAUUAUGUUUUUCAGGUCUUGUGCAGGGAAUUCAAAACUGCAAAUAUUGAUAUUUCUUCAUUUCGAAGGUUAAGUCAGGAGGAAAGAGAAAAGUUGCCUUCUCAAGGACAGAAUGUUUUUGACUGUGGUGUCUUUGUCUUGGGUUUUAUCAGUGCAUUUGUCAACAACUUGGAAAUGAAUUUCAGCUUAAGGGAUAUGCCAUUCCUGCGGAAUUCAUUUGCGAAAAUUAUCAUGAAUGGGCAACCAGUAUGUGACAUUAAAAAUUGUCCCAGUACCCAAGAAAGUUGUCAUCCAGCUUGUGAAGAAGGUGGCCAUGGAAGUGUCCUUGGGCUAGUUGGUUGCUCUACCAUUGAAACUAUGAGAUGUAGGGGUCAAGAGAAUAUUUGCAGUGACAAAGAAUCUGGAGUAAGUGGUACAGGACUUAUACAUUGUGCUGGUGAAAACAGCAGUGCAAGAAUAGGUGAAGAUGGAAUUAAGAAAUGCAGAACAGGAGUGAGUCCAUUUAGUCCAGACAAAACCAUGGAAGAGGUUUCUGUUGGUUUUGGUGUUGCUUUUCCUGGUAAGUAUGAAUUAGGGGAUUUUGAGAAGGAUUAUGAAGAUAUGGAAGAUGAUCCAUUUGUUGUCCCCCCUCCUCUUCUGCCAUUAGACAUUCAACUACGGGACAAAGACACAGAGUUGUCAAAUGAAAACAAUAUUCAAGGUAAUUAAUAUGUUGACCAUUUUCACUCUUUGUCUCUUUGUUUUUGUAAUAUGAAUUUUUUGCUAUAUUGUUCCAUAAUUAUUCAUCUCUAUAAACCUUGUUUUUUUGUUAUUUGCUAAAGAAAGCAUUGUUGUGCCUUUUUACAGCCAGUGAACCAGAUGAUGAAGAUUUGGUCUUGUAUGAGCUCCUCAAGCCUCCUUAUGAUGCUUCUCACGAGGUAUGCAGAAUUUGUGAGUGAUCUGUGGUUUUCUUCUGCUUGGGUUUUCUCUUACAUUAUUAUUAUUAUUAUUAUUAUCAUCAUCGUCAUUAUCAUUAUUAUUAUUUUUACCACUGUUGUUGUUGUUGUUGUUGUAUACUAUGCAGAGAUGUUCUUGUAACAUGCCCAGUAGUUUAGGGGAAUAUCAUUAUUAUUAUUACUAUUAUUAUAAUCAUUUUAUAUUAUGCAGAGAUGUUCUUGUUAACAUGUCAAGUAGUUUAGGGGGAAUAUCAUUAUUGUUCUUAUUAUUAAAUUAUUAUUAUUAUUAUUAUUAUUUUAGUACUAUUACUUUUGUGUUUUGUUUCCCUUUGAUGACUAGUUUUGGAUGUUUUUUAUUGCCUUGUGUCUGCAAUGAAUUUUAAGUUAAAUUAUUAUAAAUACAUCUAAUGAUUAAUAGUCCUUUAAUUGCUAAAUUUGUUUGUUGGGUUAACAUAACGAUGUGGUUGUUUUCAUUGUCCCUUGAGUUAAUUUAUAGCAUAUCAUCAUUAACAUACUGAUACUUGGUAAGUGGUACUUACCCGAUGAAAUUAAGCCAAAUGUGCAUUUUAAUACGAAUUUGGUGAAGACAGUCUUUCACAAGCCAAGUGUCAUUAGAUUUUCUUUCCUAAUGGAGACUGAUUUUCUUCACAGCUUCCAACCCUACAGAUGCUCUAUUCUAAAGAAGAAAGGAAGGUAUUCCAAGGCCUUAACCCCAUCACUGAGCAAUAUCUUUUCAAACUAAGGAAGGAGAAAGGGAUAAAUGUUCCAAGAGGGUGUUACCAUGCAGUGAUGACAACAGAAGAAAUGGUAGAUUUUGAUUACUGGAGGCAGGUAAGGAAGGGGAAGUCGAGACAAAGAUUUUUCCAUUACAGGUGGGAUAGAGCCUUCGAAGUUUGGACCAAGGAGACCACAGAAGAGUUGAUAGAUGUGGCAAGUAUCUUAGAGCGAGUUGAUAGUGAUGGAUGGGUCUUAUUGAACAUCACAGAACAGUAUCACUAUGAAAUGUGGAGAGACUGGAAAUGGAGGCAACUUGAGGAGAAAGACCUUUUGUAAUUUUAAAUAAAAUCAAUAAGGCAAGCUAUUUGGCACAGAGUAAUACUAAUAAUUAACCCUUUAACUCCCGUGUGUGACCAAGACAGAAUUUCUCUUUACACUAUCAAUACAAUAUCAAGCAGACAAGUGAUGAGAAUAAAGAAAAUUAUUGAUAAGGGGAUUAUUAGUUGAUCCAAUACCAAAUUCUCAAAACUAACAUCACAAGAACUAUAUGACAGACAGUAAGGAGAAAUACUAAUGAGAUCAUGGGAGUUUAAGGGUUAAACACUUAAUGGGUCAUGUGUUCAUUCUAACAGUUUCAAUUGGGUUUUGAAGCAUGCUUAAUUCAAGUCAUAUCCAAAAUUCCCUUGCUCCACAUUGUGAAUUGUACUUAGACAUGGCCAGAGAACAUCAACAGAGAAUGUGACCUCUUAAGCAUGUUUGCAUCAGACCUAUGAAUUUGUCCACAAAACUUCCUUUGGAAUUGUUGAGUUCCAGAGUUUCACAUCUAGUGCAUUUCCAGAGCAGUAGAAUUUAAAAAAAUUGACACAAACAUUUAAAUUGCAAAGAAUUUAUUUAAAACCUUUAUGUUUACAGCAACCCACAUAAAAAGAAAUCUUACCAACAAUUAUGAAUGAAUUAGUGAAUAAAAUAGCCUUGACUCCUCAAUCUGGUGUCAACUGCUUUAUUUUAUUCAAAAGUAUAUAAGGGUAAAUUGGAGAGUUAGUUACUGUGAUCUGUGAAAUAAUAUUGAAUAAUUAGAGCCAAACAGUUGCAAGUAAGUAUGAAGGUAGAAUGGAUUUAUGGUAUAUUAGUGCACUAUGGUCCACUUUAAAUUUCACAAAUUCCAAAAAA